AUGGGUAUUUUGAAAAGUGAAAACACCGUCAAUUUGCACAAUAAUAUUGCAUCUCAAGUCCAACCAAAGAAGCCUCCACCACAACCAGCAAGAUUCAGCAAACCAGGUUAUGUUAUUUAUGAAGAGGCAAAUUUCUACAUUGAUUCAAGGUUUCAAAUACAAAGUGUUUUGGGGAAAGGUUCUUAUGGCACUGUCUGUUCAGCUCUAGAUAUUUCCAAUAAGGAUAAACCAGUUUCCAUGGCUAUUAAAAAAGUUUCAAAUAUAUUCAAUAAGGAGAUUUUGUUAAAAAGGGCCGUUAGAGAGUUGAAACUUAUGAGAUUUUUUAAAGGUCAUAAAAAUAUAGUCAACCUCUAUGAUUUAGAUAUUGUGUAUUGUACACCAUAUGAUGGUUUAUAUUGCUUUCAAGAGUUGGCAGAUUAUGAUUUAGCAAGAGUGAUACAUUCAUCUGUUCAGUUUUCAGAACAUCACAUUCAAAGCUUCCUAUAUCAAAUAUUAUGUGGUUUAAAAUACAUGCAUUCAGCUGAUGUUAUACAUCGAGAUUUGAAGCCAGGUAAUAUAUUGGUUACAAUUCAAGGAACUCUCAAAAUUUGUGAUUUUGGGUUAGCUAGAGGAAUUUCUAAAGAAUUUUUGAAGCAAAAACCUCAUUCAAUAACAAACUAUGUUGCUACAAGAUGGUAUAGAGCGCCAGAGUUACUUUUAAGUAAAAAAACUUAUUCCAAGUCAGUUGAUAUGUGGGCUGUUGGUUGUAUUUUUGCAGAGUUGUAUGGUAGAAGACCAAUUUUUAUAGGUAAUGACCAAAUUCAUCAAGCUACUGAAAUUGUUAAAAUCCUAGGCUCUCCACCAAGAGAUGUCUUACUCAAGUAUGGAUCAGGCUUAAUAUGGGAGCUUUUCAAUUCUCCAAAUCCUCAAUACAAACCAAUUCCGUGGUCUCAAGUGUACCCAUUUGCUUCAAAAGCUGCUCAUGAUUUAUUGUCACACUUGAUAUGCUGGCACUCAGAUUCGAGAUAUAAUGUGGAGGAAGCUAUCAGUGACCCCUACCUAAAGUCUGUUAGAACUCCUGAUGAUGAGCCAAUAGCUCGAACUCCUUUCAAUUUUGAAUUUGAGACACUUGCAACAAAUUUGAAUGACUAUAAGAUAUUGAUUCAUGAAGAGGUUCAACAAUUUAAAAUUGAUAGGCUAGGAAGGUUGAAUGCUUCACAGAAUGAAGGAGGCUUGAGUAAUUUACUCAAUGCCAACUAA